AUGGAUCCUCCUACAAUCAAGUGCCCAAGUGUGAAGGAACGUAUUGCUGAACCCAAUAAGCUGACAGUCCGGGUGUCCUGGGAGACCCCAGAAGGAAGAGAUACAGCAGAUGGCAUUCUUACUGAUGUUACUCUAAAAGGUCUUCCUCCGGGCUCAAAUUUUCCGGAAGGAGACCACAAGAUCGAGUACACAGUCUAUGACAGAGCUGAGAACAAGGGCACUUGCAAAUUUCGAGUUAAAGUAAGAGUCAGACGCUGUGGCAAGCUCAACGCUCCAGAGAAUGGUUACAUGAAGUGCUCCAGUGAUGGCGACAAUUAUGGAGCUACCUGUGAGUUCUCCUGCAUCGGUGGCUACGAGCUCCAGGGUAGCCCUGCUCGAGUAUGUCAAUCCAACCUGGCUUGGUCUGGCACAGAGCCCACCUGUGCAGCUAUGAAUGUCAAUGUGGGCGUCAGAACAGCAGCUGCACUUCUGGAUCAGUUUUAUGAGAAAAGGAGACUCCUCAUUGUGUCCACACCCACAGCCAGAAACCUCCUCUAUCGACUGCAGCUAGGAAUGCUGCAGCAAGCACAGUGUGGCCUGGAUCUUCGACACAUCACGGUGGUGGAGCUAGUGGGUGUUUUCCCAACCCUCAUCGGCAGAAUCAGAGCAAAGAUUAUGCCUCCUGCCCUAGCUCUGCAGCUCAGGCUCUUGCUGCGAAUCCCACUUUACUCCUUCAGUAUGGUGCUAGUGGAUAAACAUGGCAUGGAUAAGGAACGCUACGUCUCCCUGGUGACACCCAUGGCCCUCUUCAACCUGAUUGACACUUUCCCCUUGAGAAAAGAGGAGAUGAUCCUGCAAGCCGAAAUGGGCCAGACCUGUAGCACCUGAUGCGAUGUUCUUUUCUCAGUGGUUCCUCUUCUCUUUUCUACAUAGUGCAGUGCACAUGGGAAGGCCUUAAAAAUAUCCUCGAUGUACAGAUUUUAUUUGUAAUUUUUUAAAGUCUAUUUUAUUAUGCACUUUCUUUGCUCUUGGGAAUUGGCAAAAUGCUUUUUUUUACUUUAAAUGUUUCAAAAAUUAUAUGAAUAUAUUUACUAACUACUCUCUUUACUCCAUUGUGGGUGGUUAAUUUUUUGUAAAGAAAUUAGAAACCACAAACAUAUACAUGCUUUCAACAUGUUAUUCAGUGUGACACAUAACUUCCUUCUAUUUUAUUGUUUAUAAAAAACUUUUGUUAAUAAAACAUUUUGGAGCAAA